AUGUUGCGCUUCUCCUACAUCUCCUGGUUCGGGAAAGAGACAAUCGACGCCGUUUCGCGCACACACAAGCACACGUACCGAUACGCCCAAGGUCGUCGCCGAGUCUCGACCAUCAAUUGCUCAGCGACCCUUGCAACCAUGGGUCUCCCGCUGGCAUCGACGCGGCCGAGCCCGCAGCCGCUCCCGACGCGAACCGCGACCGAUACCCCGAACCAAUACCGGACCGAGCCAGAGGCGCCAGUGGACGACGUGGUCUACCUUGGCACAUGGGGAUACUGCAGCAUGAGAGGCUUUUACCUAUCAAAAAUCAACAAACAAGCUGCUCGUCUCGCGGAAUCAGACAUCGCCGUGGGUCAACGGAUGUCACUGGCUUCGGAGCUUGUGCAAAGCGUCCUCGGCUACACCCUGUGCUACGACCACGUCGCCCGCGAGCUUCCCGCGAACCCGCCGAUCGAGCGACGGAGCGCCGAAUCCCCGCUGGCCCGCGUUUCGCAUGAAGAGUUGCACGGUCGUGUCCGCGAGACAUCGAGAGACAUCCGGUCGCGGGCGCAGGAGAUCAUCGAAAGCCUGUGCCAAUCGAUGGACUUGAUGGAGGGGAGUUCACGCAGACCUACCCAGGACGCAGAGCGUGGUCAAUCCCGCGCCCGUUCCCCACGAGAUCCCCUCUCGGCUGCGUUGGAAGUCAGGCAUCAAGUGGCUCGCCUGAAUGGGCUGGACGCCGAGUACCAGGCGCGCAUGUACGGGGAAGAUGCGCGCCUCGACGCAGCGCUGAAGGAUCAGAUAUACAACAUGGUCUGA